UUAAUGAUGGCAAACACCAUCGCUCGGUUAUAACUUUCUCUUCAGGAAAUUCGCCAAACGAGAUAUUUCAACACAGACUGACAGCAAGAUAAUCAUGAUAGCUUUACAGCUGCGAAUCGUGUAUACUCACACUCUCUGGUUUUUGAUCGUAUUGCAUCUACUUCCUCCCGAAGUGAUGUGUGAUAUAAAAGCACCAGCUAAUCUGGUGCAGAAUGUCAGGCAAGAUGUAGUCUUCAUGUGGAACACCACAAAUGGUAACAGCAUUUUAUCAGCAAAAUGGGGUUUGCUUGGUCCUGACAAUAAGACUAUUACACCACAGUUUAUAUCCAUAAGCACUAGGACAAAUGGUCCAGUUCUUAGUAACGAUUUGGACAGCACAGCUGUAAUGUACAAGGGAAGAGUGAGCUGGGUUGGUGAUUUGAGCGCAGGACAUGCUUGGUUCAAGAUAACGAACCUCACCCUCCAGGAUACGAACAAGUAUGUUACAGCAAUACGAGAACCAGGUCAGAGUGAGUCACUUCAAUACUCGAUAUAUUUGACGGUUGCUGUUCCUCCUCAGUUCAAUCCACAACCACCAUCAACUAAGAACAUAGCAGAAGAACAAGAACUGAGUGUGUCUUGCACUGCUAUUGGUCCACCCACCCCUAACAUCACGUGGGUACAGAUAGUAGGUCACAAGACCAAGAGUACAGGAACAGGAAGUGCUACACUGAGGAUACCAAACAUUAAAAGAGACCAGAAUGGGACGUAUGAGUGCCAGGCCAGGAACAACCCUAAUGAGAGACCAGUCACUGCACAGACUAUGGUAGUGGUAUACUAUCUACCUGGAAUCGACACAUCAGAGUCUUCUUUUCCUUUCAAGUCGUGGAAUGGUAACAGUAUUCGACUCAGAUGUUUAGCAACUGGUUUACCUGCACCACGGAUAUCAUGGUACAAACCAACAAAUCAACAGAUCACUUCAGGUGUCAACAUUGUGCUCGAGGGUAGUGAGGUAACAGUACUGACAACUGCUGACCAAGGGGACUAUGGACAGUACAMGUGUCGWGCAACAAACAUCCUGGGAAGUGAUGAACACGUYAUCAAUGUUACUCAACUGUUUCCUCCAAGUCCUCUUGUUAUAGAAAUAACCGAGCUUGAMGCAUCAUCUAUAACYRUUAGAUGGAMMACACCUGCUGAUGWUGGUGGACUCGCUGUCACUGGUUACUUACUGGAAGUCAGUACCAAACCCCCAGUGAUCAUAAUGAAUACCCAUUCUGUUAUAACAAGACUGAAGGCAAACACACUCUACACUGUCAAGGUCUGUGCUAGGAAUAUUGUUGGGUAUGGAGUGGUGUCUUCAAAAGUUAUCAAGACAAAGAGAAUCGGCAAACCUUCAAUCCCUCACCUGAUAUCAACUAUUCUCAAUGGCAAAGAAUCGAAGCUCUCAGUCGUCUUGAGGUGGACAAAACCAGAUGACAAUGGUGGUAAUAUAACGCGCUAUACCAUCUAUAUCAAGGAAGUGAAACAUAAAGCUGAUUGGAUAAAAUAUGAAGACGUCAACGAUCCACAUCAAGUUGGCUAUAGAGUAACAGAUAACAUUGUUUAUGGAAAAACAUACAUGUUCAUGGUUACUGCAUGGAAUAAAUAUGGAGAAAGUGUGAAGGACGAAGGAAGUGCUAAGACUGUAAAUACUACAGGAGACGAAGCAACUUCUUCGUGUGCAAUGAGUUAUUGUACUGAAGAAGGAUCAAAGUCUUCUUCUACAGCCAUGGGAGUUAUUAUUGGCAUUCUCGUUCUAUCUCUUGUUUUCAACCUACUACAAACUGUAUACCUAAGGAGAAGGGUCCAACAAAGCAGUAAAAAAGAAAGCCAAGCGCAUAUUAACAGAAAAACACAGAAGAAAAUUGUGGCUGGGGAAAGUUAUCAUAACGACUUGGAAUUGGAAGAAAAGGUAACAUUAGCAGUUACGGCAUCACGUGUUGCACAGCUUGUCAAAACAGGACCAGAAUAUGAAACCAUCCAUCAAUUAAAUCCUAACGAGGCAGGCUGUUCUAAUGAUAUCAGUAAUUAUCAAGGACUCAAUCUGAUGCCAAACACGUCUAUCCAAGGUGCCCAAGGACCCGUGUACGAGCCCCUUGGUACAAGAUCAUCGAAACCCAAUUUGCUGCGUAAUGAUAAUGAACAUCAUCAAUAUGAACCCCUGAAUAUUGUAAAACAAGACUCUACCUAUCAAUCCCUGCAGACUAAUAGCAGGGAGUCGGCCAUGUGACAAUAAUAUAAGUUCAAGAAUAUUCAUGUUAACGUGAAAUGGUAUUAUCAUUUAUAAACGAAAGUGUUCAAGAGUGUUAGCUUUGAAUCAUCUGGAAUAGUAAAAAUGUAUACUGUUUGAUUAACCUAUCAAUCCCUGCAGACAUGUGCAAGAGAAUACUCAGGUCACAAUAAGCAUUCAACGGCCUUAUAUAUGUACAGAAAUAUUGAAAAAAUUAUCAUAAUCAUUUUACAUCUAAAUAGCAACUCGAAUAAGGAAUAUUGACUCUUGAUACUUGAUUAUUUGUUACGUCAUAUCAACAAUUGUAAAAUUCAUUAAUAAUUCAUGAGGUAAUUACCCAGUGAAAGACCUGGAUUUAGGUCACGUGGAUGGUUUGUAAUUCUCGAUACAGGACGUGUGAAACUUAAAGCACGGGGAGGGUUGAAUAGUCAGCAGGGAAAAGCUGGGGUUGAUGAAUUGUAAAUAGUAUGCUUAAUAAUAUGAUUAACUUUUAUAAAGAUCUCUAACCCGCCUAAUUAGUAUGCUUAACUUUUAUAAAGAGUCGCGUCCUUUGGAAUUCUACAAGGUUUAUUAAUCAAUAAGUUUGUACAUGAAUACAUGCCAAUAUUAUAGAUAUUACUUAUUCGCGCACCCAAAGUUGAUAUUGCAGUUGUUAAAUACUGAAAUUGCACAAAAAUUAUUAAUAUUACUGCUCAACGAAUCCUCUGGCAUUGGAAUACUGGCUAAUACAUCAUCUGACAAGUCAAAUUUCCAAUCAAAAUCUCUGCGUCUAAUACUUUGCGAAACGACGCGAACCUUUAUAAUAAAAGAAUAAGUUUAUUAAAACCAUGAAAUAAAUAUUUUUCCACCUAAAUAUAAAAUGCAAUUUAAGGCAAUUCAUUUAAAACACCCAAUAAAGUUACUUGCCUCUUGUCAGCUUUAUUGAGAACGUUCAAUGCAUUCUCUCCUCUCGUCUCACUUAAAUGUCGGUUAAUCGCACAAAUUAACAAAUAAAGCGUUUUAGGUGGAUAACGCUCUCCAUUUUUCUUGGCCACUUCGCCAACGAACUUACACAACCAAAAGUUUAAGGUAUUU